AUGGCUCGCCUUCUUUCCCUCCUGGCCCUGGCUGGCUCGGCUCUCGCCAUCACCUCUCCCCCCACCGGCGCCCUGACGGUCGGUUCCAGCGGCACAUACAAGACGGUUCAGGAGGCCGUGGACGCGCUGAGCACGUCGACGACGAGCGAGCAGACCAUCUUCAUCUACGCGGGCACGUACAAGGAGCAGGUCACUCUCCCGACGCUCAAGGGCAAGCUCAACAUCUACGGCUACUCGGCGGACGACAGCUCGUACAAGGGCAACAAGGUCACGAUCACGGCGGGCCACAGCCAGGCCGAGGGCCUCAACAACGACGGCGCCGCCACCCUCCGCGCCCACACGGCCAACCUCGCCAUGUACAACGUCAACGUCGACAACUCGUACGGCGAGGGCUCGCAGGCCGUCGCCAUCUCGACCUACUACGGCGAGCACCAGGCCUACUACGGCUGCCAGUUCACGGGCUACCAGGACACGGUCAUGGCGCAGAGCGGCAAGCAGUACUACGCCAACUCGCUGAUCCAGGGCGCGACCGACUUCAUCUUCGGCCAGGAGGCCGCCGCGUGGUUCGAGAACAUCGACCUGCGCGUCCUGGCGGCCGGCUCGGGCUACCUCACCGCCAACGGCCGCCUCGCCGCCGACAGCGACGCCUACUACGUCAUCAACAACAGCAACGUCGCCGCCGCCGACGGCAAUUCCGUCAAGGCCGGCGCCUACUACCUCGGCCGCCCCUGGCGCCAGUAUGCCCGCGUCGUCUUCCAGCACACCGCCCUCAGCGAUGUCAUCAACGCCGAGGGCUGGCACACCAUGUCCUCCGGCUCUAGCACCAUGGACAACGUCGUCUUCGGCGAGUACAAGAACACGGGCAAGGGCGCCUCCACCAGGGGCCGCAAGUACGGCAAGCAGCUCUCUGCUGCGGUCGAUAUCAAGACCGUCCUUGGCUCUGACUACAUGGACUGGGUUGACAAGAAGUUCUUGUAA